UUCCAAGAAAGGAUGGGACAGGUGUCAACAAUUGCAUCAAGCAGUACAUAAGCAUAUUGGGAGCACCAAAACGCCUCAUCUCUGAUCAAGGGAAGGAGUUUUGUAAUAAGAUCAACAAUGACUUCUGCCAGCAAAUGGGAAUAAAAAGGUGUGUCUCCAGCGCUUAUCAUCCCCAGACCAAUGGUUUGGUGGAAAGAGUAAACGGUAUGGUGAAACGCCGAGUAAGCAAGCUGUUGGUUGACCGUGGCAAAAACUGGGACGAGAGUCUGCAUGACAUCAUUUUCUCAAUAAACGCUCAGCCACAGUCAGCUACGAAGUACACACCAUUUUUCCUAAUGUUUGGUCGGGAAGCCCACACACUUUUGGAGAUCAAAGGUGUGGACUCUGACACUGACAUCAUAGAAGAUGGCAAGCUUGAGGAAUUUGUAGAAGACCAUGCAACCACCUACGAAAAGGCAUAUGAAAAGGCUCAGAUCAACCAAACAAAAGCACAUGCCAAGGCAAAAAAGGCAUACGAAAAGAAAAAAUCCAAGGGGGUCAAAAGCUUUGCACUGCAUGUGGGCCAGCUUGUGCUGAAACGCCAGGCAGCCAACAUUGCACGCAAAGGUGGACAGUGUGAUCCACUGUGGACUGGCCCAUUUAGGAUUUUGGAAAUAACAGAAAGGGACACAGUAAAGCUGGCUCACGUCAAGAUUGGACACGAUGAUGUUCCCCUGGCACGGAUGGUGGCUUACGAUCAGCUUAAGCCUGUAAAGUUCGGUGCUCUUCACAGGCCCUCAGAAGAGCUGCCAGCAGGCAGUUCUACUGAUACAGACCCUGAACUACACCUCAAUGAGGAAUUAUACCAAAAAAGACAAGGCCUUUCCAUCCCUGUGUCAGUUACUGCCCCUCCUAAGCCAGGGGACACAAGGCAUCCAGACAGGGAGGAAGACGUCAUUCUGAUUGGAACCAGGGCCAAGGCUGAAAGAGAAGCCGUGUGUCUGCCCCCUGUGCCAGCCAGUCGCCAAGAUCCACAAAUGGAGGUAAUGAUUCAGAUUCUUGAAGAGAGAAGGUGGCUCACUGAUGACCACAUGAAUCAUUGCCAGGCCCUCCUCAAACAUCAGUUUCCCGAGGUUGAUGGCCUCCAAAGCUGUGCAAUAUUUGAGGCGGUGGAGCAUAUUCGUGUUGGUACCCCUAGGGGGAAGUUUGUUCAAAUUAUCAAUGUCAGUAGUAAUCACUGGAUUACAGUAAGUAACAUUCAAAAUUUUCAAGAAGGUAAAGUAAGAAUCUAUGACUCCAUGUUCACUAAAGUCGGUAUGUCCCACCGCCAAAAAUUCAUUGAACAGCUUGGGUGGAUGCUACACACCUCUAGCGAUGCCAUAACAAUGGAAUGGCGUGAUGUUCAGCGUCAGAGGGGCGGCGAUGCUUGCGGCUUGUAUGCCAUCGCCAAUGCUUAUGCACUCUGUGCAAAUAUCAGACCUGAGGAGUGUGCAUGGGAUCAAGAUAGUUUGUACGACUGGCUGGUUGGAUGCCUUCAAGCCGGAGAACUGUCUCAACCCCCUGUAACAGUACCCCAAAGGAACAAUAAGGGUACUGUUCGCACUGAGGUGGAAACAGUCUUAUGUAAAUGCCGUUUGCCAAACAAUGAGACCCGUCCCAUGAUUGCCUGUGAUAACUGCAACGAGUGGUAUCACUUCAGCUGCGAGGGAGUGUCAGAAGCUAACAGCCAGACAUUCCACUGCAGCAACUGCAGGUAACUUCUUUUCAGAUGCUAUU